UUGGUUUAUGCCUUUAUUGUCCCAUUUAAAAAAUGUACCACAUGUUUUGUGUUUCCUCAGGCGGUGAACUUCUGGCAAGUGCUGGUAAUGAACGACGAACACACAGAACGUCGCUACCUGCUCUACGUCCUCUUAGGCUGGGGACUUCCAGCCCUAGUCAUCAUCGUUUUGGUCGUCGUUUUACUCGGCGGCUUUGGGUGGACCAUUCAUGCUGUCUACGGACUUGUACAAGGAGAUGUGUGUUUCAUCCCAAACAUCUACGCAGCCCUAAGCACAGCAGUGCUGGUGCCUCUCAUCUGUCUGGUUGCCGUGCUGGUGGUGUUCAUCCACGCCUAUCAGGUUACAGAGCAGUGGAAGGCCUACGAUGACAUUUACCGUGGACGGACCAACAGCACAGAGGUGCCGCUGGUCCUGUACCUGUUUCUGCUCAUCUCGUUGGUGUGGUUGUGGGCAGGACUCCACAUGGGGUACAGGUACCUGUGGAUGCUCAUCCUCUACGUCAUCUUUAACUGCCUGCUGGGCUUGUAUGUGUUUGCAGUCUACUUCAUCAUGCAUAAUCAGCUUUGUUGGCCAACCAAAGCCAGUUACACAGUGGAAAUGAGUGGCCAAGAAGGUUCCGACUCGACCUACCAAGGAGGGGGACACGCUACCGUUGGAGGCGACAUUAGUAAAUCCACCCAGAAUCUCAUCAGCGCCAUGGAAGAGGUAUCAGCAGACUGGGAGCGGACGUCUCUUCGGCCUGCUAUUCAGCCAAGCAGCGCGUUUAAGCCCAGUCCUGUGAUGGGGACAUACACCACAGAGGGAAGUUUCAUCAACACCAACCUCGUCACCACAGAUGAGGAGUCACAGGAGUUUGAUGACCUCAUAUUUGCCUUAAAAACUGGAACCGGCCUUAAUGUCAGCGAUAAUGAAUCCAUACCUGGAAGCCACGAUGGUGGCAGCGUCACCAACUCCCAAAUAGUUGAGCUGAGACGAAUCCCCAUAGCUGACACACACCUCUAA